AUGCUUACUGCUUGCAGAGAGGUUUAUUUAUCUCUAAAAUACUCGUUCGUAGGCUGGAAUUUAAGAAAUGGUAUUGUUAGUGAGACUUGCCUACCUGAUGUCGUAAUUGAUUCAGAAUUUGGCGGACGGGUUCCUACUAUUUCGCUUUUGACGGUUUCUUCGAAGGGUUCAUACCUCUCUGCGGCAGAUAACCUAAAGCGGCUGUUUCUGUAUGUUAAUGAAAAUGGUCACUGGUUAUUGGUUUCACAAUUGAAGCUGCGCAAACAGGCAUCGUGUCUUCUUUUUUCUCCGAGUGAGAAGGCAUUACUUAUUGGAGACAAGUCAGGAGAUGUUUUCAAACUCCCUUUGUGCCUGGGGAAGCCCAUUCACGAUACAGACUUGACUCUUCUUUGCGGACACCUCUCAUUACUUAGUCACAUGGCUAUUUCGGAGGAUGAAAUGUACUUGGCGUCUUGUGAUCGUGAUGAAAAGAUACGAAUUAGUCGAUUUUCCGAACCUUAUGUUAUCCAAUCGUUUUGUCUUGGUCAUAAAUCGUUCGUUUCUCAGCUUGGAUUUAUUCCUGACACUCGAUAUUUAAUCUCAACAGGAGGAGAUGGAUGUAUGAGUAUUUGGAAUUGUGAGUCGGGUCAUUGUCUAUCAUCGUAUCAUGUUUCAAAAAGUGAACUUCCAUCUCUUUCAGUUUCUACGGAUUUGCAGUUCGAUUUUAAGUCGGAAGCUGUUGUUUCUAGGUUAUAUGCUAUCAAAGAUGUUGUCGUUUGUUGUUUUUUAUCCAACCCAGUGCUGAUGGCGUUUCAUAUUCAUAUAACUGAAGAUGAAGUUGUCUCUUGGGGAUCGAAAGCUUUUACUUCCACAGAAGAUAAAAUGCCACUUACGGAUAUAGCUUUAUGUUCAAAUGAUAAUCGUAUUAUUGGAUUGUGUUCUACUGGGACUAGUGUUCGUCUCUACUCCUGGAAAUUGAUUAUUCAAUACGAUGCUUGCCAACCAUCUUGCUUUGUCAAAUGGGAUGUUCCUCAAAUUGUUGAUUGCAUAUCAGACAACUUCCUUCUACAAGUUCCAGUUCCAAGUCCCCGAACGGAACUUUUAAAAUUAUUCUUCAAGUGUACAGAUAAUAGCUCAAUGAUACAAGCGUAUGAAUCAAAUAAACAAUUACAUCAACACAAUGUAACUCAACGUCAUAUACGUAGUCAAAAAAUGCGCAAAUUGAAUAAAACUCUACAGAAUUCUGUUGAUAAAGAAUUAAAUGUAUAA